AAGGAAAGAAGCAGGAUGGCGAAUCGGAACAGCGUGGAGGGAGAGGUAGAAACUAUUCGUAAAAUCCGAUUCUUGCAUUGCCGCCGUUCUUCUAGUCGGUGGCAUCAUGUGAAAUGAGUGUGUGAGAGCGGCUAGAAUUGACUGCAGUCGUACAUGUAGUUGAAUCCGAAUCCUAAGUAAGCAUAUUACGACCACAAUUCACAUUGUUCUUUUACCAAAAUACAAGGUGAAGCUGAAGCUAGUACUACUAUAUACAGAGUAGCUUAUAGCACGCAUGGUGCAUGGAGUAGCAUGGAGUGCAUGGAGCGCAGAGCUUUAAGGGGCGCAAGAAGCUCCCCCUUUAGCUCCAUGCUACUCCAUGUGAUCCAUGCACUCCAUGCCAUGCGUGCUGUGAAACCUUAUAAAUUGCUCUGCGUAUAAUCGACACAUUGUUCACCUACUAGGCGCUCCUGCACUUGCCAGCAAGGCGGCGGUCGCUGCAAAUGCUAAAGUUGAGACUGCCGUGAGGGCUUCGACCAGUAGUUUCCAGCCUGCGACUGCGAGGACAAUCAACCUUGUAUCAUCUCCCAAUGGUCAGUCUUGUCAAUUACAGGAAUUACAUGGGAGCGCAAUUGGUAUCAAAAAGGCCGAUACCAAGCGGGCAUCUUCACUUGCUUCCGUUGGCGCAGAGUCUGGUCCCGCGCGAAGUGCGGAACCGGAAAUCGAGGAAGGUGACUGGGUACGAGUCACCAAGAAGAAGCAUCCAUUGGCCAAUAUGGACGCCGGGUACGUUGUCGAAGUGCGCCGUGAGCAGAAGAAAAACAAGAAGGGGACAGUCGUCAAAACUGUGCCUGUCGAGUACGUAAGAAAAAUUUACUGCAUUCAUUCUUAGUAUUCGUCUUGUUCAUCUUCAGGAUCAGAAUCAGAUAUAGUACCUUUGCUUGUAGUACCUUAACGUUAACCUUACACUUACAGUCUGUGUCUCCUGCUAGAGUGAAAAACUAGAAUAUUGAUCUUCAGUCAUGUACAGGUUGUUAUCGUUCCGAACAUUUUGGCCCUGCAAAGUAGCGCAAUGGCAGGCGCAGGCCUACGAAAGUACAAAGAGCACACGUUGGAUCCCAAGAUUGUGGUUCGAACAACGGCAAACGAACUGAUCGAAGAAAAGCUGUACCAUUGUCUCGGCCU